CCUCCCCUGUCUUUCUCCCCCUCCCCUCCCCUCAGAUCCCUUUCAUCUGGCUUCCUCGCGCCCCCGGUCUCUCUGGCUGCCAGGACCUCCUCUGUCCCCUGGACCCGCUAUCAUGUCGGGCCCGUCCUCCUUCUCCGGGGCUGCGCUGCUGUCGGACCUGAAUGACUUCAUCGGCCCGUCGCAGGCGUGUGUCCUGCCGCCGGUGUCUCGCCUUCCUUCGGAGAAGAACACCACGGCCGCGCCGCCUGCUGGUGGCAACACUGGCAUGAUUGCCAUCGAAGGCCAGGUCGACGCCCCGCCCACGCCGGCCCCGCCAACUGCCCCUGCCGAUGACCUGCCUCUGGAGAAGAAGGUGGAAAUUACUCUGGCCGACUGCCUGGCCUGCUCCGGAUGCGUGACCAGCGCCGAAGCGGUGCUGGUUAACUCCCAAAGCACCACCGAGGUCCUGCGCCUGGUUGAGACCAACCAUCGUCUGGCCCAGGAGGGCAAGACCUCGGAGAUCCGGCCCAUCUGCGUGACGAUUGCCCCACAAAUUGCGGCCUCCUUUGCGGCACGCUACCAGCUUGCCAGUCCGGCCGAGGCCCGGGGGCGGCUGGCGCAUGCCAUCCGCCGGCUGUUUGGCCUUCCGGCCGAUGUCGACCCGGCUGAGGCCACCCCGGCACGCAUCUGGGUGUUCGACGAGCGCGAGGCCCGGCGGGUGGGCCUCGCCGAGGCGGCCGCCGAGUUCCUGCACCGGUUCUGCGCGGCUCGCGGCGGCCCGGCCGCCCUGCAGGGGUGCUCCACGGUUCUCGCGGCCUCCGUGGCCGGCCUGCCGGCGCGCUCGGCCUCUGGGCCCGCACGGCGAGCGGCUGCCGCGGCCCCCGCGUCCGCCGGCCCCAUCCUGGCGUCCGCCUGCCCGGGAUGGACUUGCUACGCGGAGAAGCACGCCCGGGCCGCCCUCUAUGUGCCGAUGUUGGCCACCACAUCGAGCGCCACUCGUGUGGCUGGUGCCCUUGCCCGGCGGGCCGUGGCCGCCGAUGCGACGGCCCGCCAAGCCGGCCGGCCCUUCCAUGUCAGUGUGCAGAUGUGCUACGACAAGAAGCUCGAGGCGGCCCGGCGCUCGGGCGGCCUCGGCGAUGAGGCGGCCCCCACCGAUGGCGGCCUCGAUGUGGACUGUGUCCUGACGGCCGGCGAGCUGGAUGCGGCCAUCCGCGCGGCCACCGGCCCCCUGGAUGGACUUCCGUCCGAGCAGCUGGAUAGCCUGCUUGCCAGCUUGGGCCCCUCGGAUUGCCCCUCUCAUCCGGCCUCUCCCUCGAACUUGGCCUCGCCGGCGUCCGCCACCCCGGGGUCUCCCACGCCCGGGCCCGAUGAGGACCUCCUGUCCGACAUGGAGGAGGAUGCCGGAGCCGGUGGCCUGCUGGAGUACCUGCUCCGCGCGGCGGCGUACGAGCUCUUUGGUCUUGUGCUUCCAUUCGGGGCCGUGGCGCACCUGCGCCGGGCGGCGCCCACCCCCGGGUCCCGGGCCUCCCUCCCGCUGGCUCCCUUCACCCCGGGGCAGACUGCUCGCCUGGAAACGCGGGUCGGCCGCAAUGCCGAUACCCGGGACUUUGUCCUGCUGCUGGUGGCCGAUGCUGACGAUCCCGUGGAACGUGAGGUUCUGACCUUCGGCACGGCGUACGGCUUCAGGAACAUCCAGAAUGUGGCCCGCCGAGUGACGCGCCCGGCGCGCCCAGGCGCCGGCUCCGGGUGGGACUUCGUCGAGAUGAUGGCCUGCCCAGGUGCAUGCCUGAAUGGCGCGGGCCAGCUUCGCCCGGUGGAUCCGGACAAGCCGGACAUGUCGCCCGAGGAGGCAGCCCUUUUGCCGCCUCCUUCGCCAGAGGCCGCGCGCGCGCUCCUUCGACUGGUGGCCGAGCUGUAUGGCGCCGAUGCCGGCCGGACUCCAGCCACCGAUUCCGAUGCCCUGCAGGCCCUGACGGCCCGGACGCACGCCGCCUGGCUGGCCGAGAUGGCCUGGGUUGGCCGAGCGUAUGGCGCUCUCUUUGGCCAAGACGCCAUCCCCUACGGGCCCGCGGCUCGGGCUGCCCUUCAUGUGCGCUACAAUGUCAUCGAGGCGCCCAAGGACUCCGACCCGGUCAGCCUGGCCAGUGUGGAGUGGUAAUGUCGCCAGACAUUUGAGAGGUCCCCCCCCC